CAGGUCCUCAAUUGCCCACCGCCCUCGCCAUACGCGCACUAGCACACCCAAAGUGAGGACAGGAUGUGUCACCUGUGAGUCUUCAUCCAAUUAUGAGGGAACUGAAUAAAUGACUGGACACUGCUUACUCCGUGCAGGAAACGGCACAUCAAGUGUGAUGAGGCCAAGCCUCAUUGCAUGAACUGCCUCAAGACCCGCGGUGUCUGCGAUGGCUAUGCUAUCAAACCACGGAAGACAAGAAGCAAGGCUCCGAGGGACUUGGAACCCUCGAACCCCGAAACAUCGUGUCGCCGGGCCAGCCCGCGCCUGCGCAUCCGGGAACCCAAUGUAAACACUCUUGAUUUCAUCGAUGAUAUGCAAAGCGUCUACUUCAACGACUGGAACGAACUGGUUCGCGUCUCGCUCGGUGGCGCUCACUUUUCUAGGACCAACCUCUGGACAACCACGAUGCCUCAGCUCACCCGCCGGAACCCAGCUCUGCGACAAGCGGCUAUGAGUAUCGGGGCGAUUAGCAGGGCACUGUCUUCGCAGGGUUCCCCUUAUGUUGUUGUCAGGAAUUUUGGCAACAUCGCCAACCUCCUGCAGAGUCCGCAUUAUCAGAAUGCCAUCGUCUACUACUGCAAGGCACUUCGUCUACAGGGGCAGGCCGACUUCCAGACUGCUAGCAUCCAAGAGGCGGUACUCCUAUCCAUACUGUUCGUCGCAUUUGAAGCCUUGCGGGGGAACCGACACUCGGCUCUCCAACAUGUCAAGUUUGGUUUCGUAUUGUUGCAAGAGCUGCUUACUAGCGAAGACUCGGAUCAUCGCAUCUGGAACCUCGCGCCUGAUCCAAGACAACUCGUUACCGAAAUUCUGGAUCUAUAUAACCAUCUGGAUGUACAAAGCCGCACCGUUCUCAGUGGUCAUGUGAAGUCCAGCCGGUCACCAGCAUACGAACUCAUCAGAGGUCUCAAAGCCCGAGGACAUACCAUUGAGACGUACAACAUGCAGAUACAACGCUAUACCGAUCCAGGGGAAGGAAGAAAAGCAAUGCCCGAGGUGUUCAGCGACGCAGAAGACGCAUAUUAUUGGUGGCAAACCUGCCAGCGACGAAUCGCCAAGCUUGGUCCUCUGCUACUAACUGUCAUUGAUGAUCUCAAAGUCGAGGAGAUCAAUGAUGAGGCCGGCAUCGACCAACUACUCGAGAUGAUGCAAAAUCAGCCAGAACUGUUAGCGUACUGCGAAAAGUCGGUCGCAAACCUCCAACAAUGGCGACACGCUUUCGAGCCGCUCUACAACAAGACGUUAUCCGACGCGAAUAUCCCACGAAAGAAGUAUCUCAAGAUCCUGCAUCUUCGUAUGCACUACCUAGUCAUGUUUCUGUACAGCUUCUUUCCUAAAUAUGCUGACGAAGCCACCAUCGCUUCCAUGACACCAUACUGUCGAGAGAUCAACGACGUCAUUGAAAUACUGCUCAGCGAGCAGCAAAAAGACUUCAAGACUCCCGCACACGUCUUCUCUAUGGAGUUUGGCCUCGCGUGGCAGCUCACUGUCGUCGCUAUGACGUGCCGCGAUCCCUUAGUCAGGGACAACUCAACCCGCAUUCUCGAAAUGUACCCGCGGAAAGAAGGGCUCUGGGACAGCAAGGCUUUCUUGGCGGUGUUGAAGAAGAACCGCGAGCUAGAGGCAGAGAAUGCCAGGGAGGGAACACUGGCGGAACAAUGGAGGCGGCUAUGUCGAAGGGAGUUUAUCUUUGAAGAUGCUGGAGAGACGAUAAUCUUCCGGUCGUUAAAGAAGAAGGAAGAAACCGGUGGAUGGGACCUAGUUGAAGAGACCACUAAGUUUAAAGGAGAAGUCAAUGGUUUAGAGUGGGAGGUUAGACCACUAAGCGGCCAGGGAUUAAUUAUGACCGGUUUAAGCUAGUUAAUUUAUCGCCUAUUACUAGUUUAUUAUUACGGAUAGCUAGUCGUAGUUAAGUAUUUAUAUAAACUUUAAGGCUAUAUAUUACGUCUAUUAUAGUUAGUUAUUAUAAAUAUAUAUCUCCUUUUAAUAGAAA